GCUUGUUGAGCACGAGCCCACUCUCAGAAUAGCACACCUAGAGAGAGAGAGAGAUCUCAACACUCCACAGUAACUACUAGAGCUCUAGAAAGCGCAACGUCUUUCCCAUAUACACACAUACACAUACACCUGUCGUCUCUUUUGUUGCCAUGCCAACAUCGCGAGAACAAGCACAAGCAGAACACGACCACCACCACCACCACCCCACCAUCCUACACCGCGGCGGGCUCGGCGACGACGGCGACGGCGGCGGCGGCAGCGAUUCGAGGCAGGUGUGGGUGCCUGGCCCCGUCAUCGUGGGCGCCGGCCCGUCGGGGCUGGCGACGGCGGCGUGCCUCAAGGCGCGCGGCGUGCCGUCGCUGGUGCUGGAGAAGGACUCGUGCGUGGCCGCGUCGUGGCGCCACCGCACGUACGAGCGGCUCCGGCUGCACCUGCCCCGGUGCUUCUGCGAGCUCCCGCUCGCGCCGUUCCCGCCCGGCACGCCGCCGUACCCUACCCGGGACCAGUUCAUCGCCUACCUCGACGACUACGCCCGCGCCUUCGGCAUUGAGCCCCGACUCGGCGCGCGCGUCCGCAGGGCCGCCUACGACGCCGCCAUCGGCUUCUGGAGGGUCACCGUCGAUGAAGACGCUGGUGGCGAUGGCGGUGCCACGGUGGCGAGUACCGAGUUCUUGUCGCGGUGGCUCGUCGUGGCCACCGGCGAGAAUGCGGAGCCGGCGUGGCCGGAGGGUGUGGAGGGGAUGGACGGGUACCGCGGCGUCGCCAUGCACACGAGCAGCUACAAGAAGGGGGACGAAUUCAGGGGCAAGAAUGUGCUCGUCGUCGGCUGCGGCAACUCCGGCAUGGAGGUCAGCCUCGACCUCUGCAACAAUGGCGCCAAAGCCUCCAUGGUUGUCAGGGACAAGAUUCAUGUGUUGCCCAGGGAGAUACUAGGCAUUUCCACGUUUGGCCUCUCCGUGUUCCUUCUCAGGUGGCUGCCCAUAAGACAGGUUGAUUCUUUGCUUCUAUUCUUCACAAGAUUGAUCCUUGGAGACACUGAAAAAUACGGUCUCCCACGACCAAAGAUCGGCCCACUUCAAAUCAAGAGUUCAACCGGCAAAACACCCGUACUCGACAUCGGAGCUCUAAGAAAGAUCAAAACUAGAGAAAUAAAGGUGGUCCCGGCAAUUCAGCGGUUCACAGAGAAUGGGGUGGAAUUCAUAGAUGGCCACCGGGAGGACUUUGAUGCUGUCAUCUUCGCAACCGGGUACAAAAGCAACGUGCCUUCAUGGCUCAAGGAGGAAGAGCUCUUCAGUCAUUUUGAUGGGUUCCCAAGAAAGCCAUUCCCACACAGCUGGAGGGGCAAGAACGGCCUGUAUGCCGCCGGCUUCACCAAGAAGGGCCUCAUGGGCACCUCCUACGACGCUCUUAGGAUCGCCGGCGACAUCGCGGACCAAUGGACGGAGACCUUUGCGAGCCCCACUGCUACCAACAGAAGCAGUGACCACGGUGCUUGAUGAGUCUGUACGUGCACCAUUAAGAGCGCUCUGCGUGGAUAUGAGCUUGGAUAGGUGCUGGUCUACCCUCUAGAUUGGCUAAAUAUAUGUGUGUGUUUUGCAUUGAUGUCAUAAAUUUUCAGCUCUUUUCUUUUUUUUCUUCUGAGAGUGAGAAGUUGUGAAUGUAGCUUGUGUAUGCAUAUAUAUGUGCGAUAAACUGCUUAAUGUAACCAUAACCGUAGUAGUGCAAUAUAUGUUGUGUAUGUAGGUGAUUGUUGUUCGGAA